CUAAGUCCUUACUUCAUCAAUAUAUUUGUCCACUCUCACUGACAACUCACAAGCGCUACUUUUCUCCUUUCUUUUUCUCUACUGUUUUCCCUCCAGCUUUUCCAUUUUGGAGAAGAAGGGGAAGCAGAAAAGUACAUUUUCUUUUCAAGCAUUUCAAAAAGAAACACUAAAGUAACAGAAUGAGGGAGAAGAGCAAUGUUCAUUCUGCCAUUCUCACUAUCCUUGUGUUACUUACUCUACAAAGGGUAUAUUGUGACAAUCCUUACCGAUAUUACACUUGGAAAAUCACUUACGGAGACAUUUAUCCUUUGGGUGUCAAACAACAGGGGAUCUUGAUUAAUGGGCAGUUUCCAGGGCCACAGAUUGACUGUGUUACAAAUGACAAUUUGAUUAUCAGUGUCUACAACUACUUGAAUGAGCCUUUCCUCAUUUCUUGGAAUGGUUUACAACAAAGGAGAAACUCAUGGCAAAAUGGAGUUUAUGGCACAACUUGUCCAAUUCCACCUGGGAAAAACUUCACUUAUACCCUCCAAGCAAAAGACCAAAUAGGUAGUUAUUUCUACUUCCCAUCACUAGCAAUGCACAAGGCAGCAGGGGGAUAUGGUGCCAUCCGAGUCUAUAGUCGUCCUCGAAUUCCAGUACCUUUCCCUCCACCUGCUAAUGAUUUCACUGUACUAGCUGGAGACUUGUACAAGAGAAGUCACAGGCAACUGAAGUACAUUUUAGAUAGUGGUCAUAAUCUUCCUUUACCUGAUGGUCUUAUUAUCAAUGGUCGGGGAUGGAACGGAUACACAUUUACAGUUGAUCAAGGUAAGACGUACAGGUUCAGAAUAUCUAAUGUGGGGACUGCAACAUCAAUUAAUUUCAGAAUUCAAGGGCACACAAUGAAACUAGUUGAAGUUGAGGGAUCACAUACACUCCAAACCACCUACACUUCACUUGACAUCCAUUUAGGACAGUCUUAUUCAGUUUUAGUCACUGCUAACCAGCCUCCAAAGGACUACUAUGUCGUGGUUUCUUCACGCUUUACUAGACGAGUUCUAACCACCACUGCUGUUCUUCACUACAGCAACUCAUGGACACAAGUCUCUGGACCUGUCCCUGGAGGGCCUACUACUCAAAUUAAUUGGUCCAUUUACCAGGCCAGAUCUAUACGUUGGAAUCUAACUGCAAGUGGACCAAGGCCAAAUCCUCAAGGUUCUUAUCAUUAUGGGUUGAUCAAGCCUUCGCGUACAAUCAUUCUUGCCAACUCUGCCCCAUAUAUAAACGGCAAACAGAGAUAUGCUGUCAACAGUGUCUCGUAUGUUGAUCCGGACACACCAUUAAAGCUGGCUGAUUACUUCAAAAUUGGGGGAGUGUUCAACCUUGGUAGCAUCUCUGACCAGCCCUACAAUGGAAAUGGUUAUCUUGGAACCCCUGUUAUGGCUGCUAACUUCAGAUCUUACGUUGAGAUUGUUUUCCAAAAUUGGGAGAACAGUGUCCAGUCAUGGCACAUUGAUGGCUAUUCUUUCUUUGUUGUCGGUAUGAAUGGUGGACAAUGGACUCCAGCGAGCAGAUCGCACUACAACUUAAGGGACACGGUUGCACGUUGCACCACUCAGGUGUACCCCAAGUCAUGGACUGCAAUAUACAUGGCAUUGGAUAAUGUAGGAAUGUGGAACAUAAGGUCUGAGGAUUGGUCAAGGAGGUAUUUGGGACAGCAGUUCUACUUAAGAGUUUACUCCUCAUCAAAUUCUUGGAGAGAUGAACUUCCAAUACCAAAGAAUGCUCUCCUUUGUGGCCGAGCUAGACAUCACCGCACUAGGCCUCUUUGAAACAGUAAUAAUUCUAAUUUUCCGUCACGAGAGGGUGACCGGCUUAUAUCAGUGUAAACCAAGGGAAAGAUUUAAUCUGGGAAGAGUGAAGAAGCUGAGUUAUGAUUUAUGGUCUCUUCUUUUCUUUCUAUAUGAUAUGUAUCCUAUUUUCUAUUGUUGCAAUUGAUGGAAUGUAUCAUUUCACAUUUCAUUUUUUCCAAACUUUUGGUUAAAUGCCAAAAAGAUAAGCAGGGAAUAACUUCUUUACUUCAAAGGAAGAGUAUAUCUUUAUUUA